AUCAACUGUUUAACCAUCAGACGCUCGGGAACUGAGGCUCUGCUGACUGCGACACUUGGAUAUUAUUGGGGGGAGGGGAUUGGGAGGGAAUGAGGAAUUUAUUUUAAAAUAUGAACUUACAAUUGUUGGAUGUGAAGUCUCGCAAGGAGAUGGGAGACAGCCCUAUCUUCGCCUGUUGAUCUACCUAGAGGGAGUUUGUCUCCCGCGGUCUAAUUUGGUCAGAAUAAUCCUGCAGCGUGUUCUGGGGAGAAGCAGUGAGCUGGACACGCGUUUGCACAACGCUGCUUCUUCGGUUACGGGUCAGACAAGCGAAUGCACACAGGGGCACUAAAUAAAUCAGGUUGAUUCUUCCUUGCAACGUUAGUGGCGACGUAGAGGAGCGUCUCUCUCUCUCUCUGCCUUGCAAAGUGGGGUUCUACUCGACUGCCGAGAAGGAACCUCGAACUGACGCAGCGUUACCGGGAGCAUGGUCGAUAGAAGGGUGCUUGACUCCCUAUCACACCAGAGAAUCCGCAAAACCAGCCUGCAAUGAGUGGUUGCGUCUCGCACCAUUCCCUAUUGCAUUGCAAGGGGAGUCUUGCAUUUGCGAACAGCGGGCAUGAUGUGGCGAGAAGGUCCCAAUCAGUCGCCAGCACUCUUCGCUGAACAGCCAUGUAAGAGGUCGGGAGAGCGAGAGAGAGAUCCCCGGGCAACGUUACUUUUGGCAUGAAGAUGGUGAAGCCUCCCCUUGUGUCUCAGACACUGGCAAGUGUACGAAAGAUCAGCGAGAGAGACGGCGAGGAGGAUGGGCGGUCUGGGCCGCCGUUUGCAACCUCUCUGAAUAAUGUCAUCGAGGGUCGGUGCUCCCCAGGAGUCCAGUGAAACCUCCCCACAGCCCUCGGUCAGAGAAGCGAUCCGAAACCGCAUGAAAAUGGUCAUCGAUCAGUUGGAAGUUAUCCUUGAGGAGCUGAAAGCGGUGGCCAAGGAACUGAAGGAGGUAGUGAAACAGAUUGACAAGCUGACAUCUGAUUUUGAUUUUGAGUUGGAGCCAGAUGAUUGGACAAUUGCCACAAUAAGCAGCACCUCCAGCAGUGACACCACCAGGAACCAUGAACGAUGUGGGGCUUUGUCUGACUAUGGGCAGCUGGGCUUCCUCACACCAGACAUCCUUUCGGACAGCUGGGAGUUUUGUUCUUUUUUGGAGCUGCCACCAGAGGCACCCAAGGGUGACCCAGGAGGGGAUGACAAGGAACUCCUGGCCACCCCGUCAGAGCCGGACUACAGGUUGAUGAAUGGAGGGUUAAUCCCUAACGGUCCAACAGGCUGUGGCCCUGACUCAUCUAGCGAGGAGACCAUCAGUGGUGCCCCCUGUCACAAGACCCUCCCGAGGACCUCAGGCACCAGGGAGAGAGUGCGCUUCAGCGACAAGGUCCUCUAUCACGCCCUCUGCUGCGAUGAUGAGGAGGAGGAGCAGGAGGAGAGCAACACACCAACCACGGGCACUGCCACCACCGCGGGUGAAGGUGUUGACAGGGUCAGGAGAGAGGCCCCCAAGUCGCCGUCCUCCGCCUCCAACUCGCGUCCGCACAGCCAUCCUCCCACAGUCACAGCCAAAAGCAAUCCCUCGACUCGGAAAAAAGUCAUGAGGAAUAACAGCACACAGACAGUGUCCCACAAAAGCACUCAGACGCUCCUGUCCUAUGGGCCCUGUAAAACGCAACCGGACUCAAAGAAAGGAGACACUAAGUAGCCACCACCCCUCACCCCCCCCUGCCCCUUACCCCCCACCCCCUACAGAAGAGAAACUGCUUGACUACCUACUGGCAUCACGAGGCUCAGGGAUUUUCGAUAAAAUAAAAAUGUUUUACAAAAAAGGUAGAUUCCAAGAUUUUGCACCCAUUGACUAAUUGCAUAAAAAAAAUGCACUUUAAGGAUCUACUUUUUUUUAAGCUUUAUUUUACUUGAUACCUUCAAGAUUUAGGAGGCUUUUAUUUUUGUCUUAAGUCGCAGUAUUUAAUCUUGCCUGAGUACUGUGCCUGUAAAUAGAGCGUGCUUCCAAGCAAGCCUUCCUGUCUCUGUGCUCUGCUUUUUCUGGCAAUGUCCUACAGUUGAUAAGGUCUUCAUUAGAUUUUGUUUUUAAUUUCCAAAGCAGUUCAAUCUGUCCCAGUUUUAAUUGGUUCUUUUUUUUUAAUGUUCCCACUUGUUGAUGUCUUUUUAAUCCAGAAUGUUACGGCACUUUGUUCAACAUUAACAUGUUUCAUAUUAUCUAAUGACGACCUAAGUGGUAUCAGGUGGAAGUAAGAUGAAUGCAGAAAGUUCAUGCAACCUUCUUAAAAUGAAUUACACCAUUUGAAACUGAAAAAUUUCAAACAUGUGUUUUUUUAAUUAAAAAGAAAUGUGCAUAAAUGUUUCCAAAAUAUUCAGCAGGACCGUCAAAGUUUAUCUUAAGUGUGCACUUGGGGAUUAUCCUAACCACUACAAAAACGAGAGUUUGUAAUGUUAUGAUUUUACAUAGUAGAUAAAGAAAGGAACAGUGGUUUGAAGCAAGACAUUUUGUUCAUACAAGUUUUUUCUUUGAAAGGCACUGUGAAGCAAUAUGCUUGGAAAAAUGUUUACAUGUCUUCAUUUGUAAGUGAUAUUGUAUCUUUUGGUUAACACAAGACAUUGACUCAUUUGAUGCAAUAAAUUAGUGUCUACUUUAUCUAAUACAUGUUGAGUUUCCAAGGUUAAUUUAGGGAAAAGCACAGAUUAUAUAUAAAAUGUAAUUCACCCAAAAGUGCAAGAAUACGAUGAAUGUAUGAGUGAGUAAAUAAACUGCC